UUGAUUUCUCAUUACAUGCGCUCUUACUAUUGGAUGAGACACUUCUGCCAUUUGUUUAGGAGGUAUGCAUUACGAUUUCCCCUUCAGUUGACACGAGGUUACACAGACAUCCAUCAACAAAUCUUCGUGAUGUCGCAGGAAGAGGGCAAAAAUCGUAAUAAAGUGUACAAAGUCGUGCUCACGGGGGGGCCAUGUGGGGGGAAAACCACAGGCCAGGCCCGCCUAAGCUCGUUUUUUGAGAGCAUGAACUGGAAGGUGUACAGAUUGCCAGAAACAGCAUACAUAUUCCUAAGUGGUGGUGUAAAAUUUACUAGUCUCACCAAAGAAGAAGCAUACCAGCUUCAGGAGAAUAUAAUUAAAACAAUGACCCAGAUUGAGGACACAUUUUUUGAACUUGGCAACACCUCUGAACAGAAUUGUCUGUUUAUCUGUGACAGGGGCCUCAUGGAUGCCUCGGCUUAUUUGCAUGCUGAUGACUGGGAGAAGAUGAAGGAGAAAAAUGGCUGGAAUUCAGUUCAGCUCCGUGACAAUCGGUACAACCAGAUCAUACACAUGGUGUCCGCAGCCAAUGGGGCGGAGGCUUUCUACACCGUGGACGGACACAAUACACGUCACGAGGGCCUAGAGGUGGCCCGCCAACUGGAUGAAAUGACCGCAGCAGCUUGGGUUGGACAUCCAUAUUAUGACGUUAUUGACAACAGCACUGGAUUUGAGGGGAAGAUCAAUAGAAUGAUUGCAACAGUGUGCAGUAGGCUAGGUAUUGAGGUCAAAGACAGAUUAAGCUCUGAGAGUAAAAAGAGGAAAUUCUUGGUCAGAUCUCUGGCAGAAGACUCGAAAUUUCCAGGAUUCCAGGACUUUGAUGUACAGCAUUACUACCUAUCUAGUCCCAGCAGGAAAACUCAAGCCAGGAUACGUAGACGGGGUCAAAAUGGUUAUUGGACAUACACUCACACCAUGAGAAGACAAGUUCAAGAUGCAAUGGCAGAAAUCCGAAUGUCUAUCUCAGAAAAAGACUUCAAUGUAUGUCUUAGUUUAAAUUUCCAAGAUUCAAUUCAAAAUCUAACUCCUUUGUUUUCUUUAUUGUACCUUAGUCUUAU